AUGGGGGAGAGAUUUGUGGUUGUCCCGGUUGACGCAGGAGUUGGGGUCGCCGUGGAAGGGGAGUACUCGGACGGGGUUGUCUCUGACCCGGCACCGGACCCCGGCGGCGGCGGCGGCGGCGGCAGCAGAAGCAGCGGUGGCACGGUUGAGGGAAAGGAGGCGGGGGAGGACUCUGUGUUCGAUCCUCAGGACCCUAACGCUGUGGUGCCGAUCCUGGAGUACAACAGAGAGCCAAACAAAUACGGUGAUGGCGUCCCAAAGGAGAACAGUCCCUUUAUCAACAACACAGACAAUGACAAAGGCAACAGCUACGAUGGCACCAACAUGGCCCUUUUUGAGGAGGAGAUGGACAGCAACCCAAUGGUGUCAUCUCUCCUCAACAAACUGGCCAACUACACCAACCUCACCCAGGGGGCCCAGGAGCACGAAGAGGCUGAUGAUGAUGAAGGGCCCAAGAAGAAAGCUGUUAAGAGCCCUCAGAUGGGAACCUUCAUGGGUGUUUACCUCCCCUGCCUCCAGAAUAUUUUGGGGGUCAUCCUGUUCCUGCGUCUUACCUGGAUAGUUGGCACUGCCGGCAUCCUGGAGUCUCUGGCUAUUGUCUGCCUGUGCUGCUCUUGUACCAUGCUGACAGCUAUAUCCAUGAGUGCGAUUGCUACUAAUGGUGUCGUGCCAGCUGGAGGCUCCUAUUAUAUGAUUUCAAGAUCUCUGGGCCCUGAGUUUGGUGGAGCUGUAGGCCUUUGCUUUUACCUUGGAACAACCUUUGCUGGCUCCAUGUACAUCCUGGGUACGAUAGAGAUUCUGCUGACAUACAUUGUGCCUAAAGCAGCCAUCUUUGUGGCUGAGAAAAAGGAGGAUGAGGUGGAGGCACUGCUUAAUAACAUGCGUGUUUAUGGCACAUGCUGCCUAGCACUGAUGUCCAUAGUCGUCUUUGUAGGAGUGAAAUAUGUCAACAAGCUGGCUCUAGUCUUCCUGGCCUGUGUCAUUCUCUCCAUCCUCUCCAUCUACGCUGGUGUCAUCAAAACCAUCUUUGAGCCGCCAGACUUUCCUGUUUGCAUGUUGGGGAAUCGCACUCUGCAGAAUCACAACUUUGACAGUUGUCUGAAGACAGAAGUCAUAGACAAUUUGACUGUCACUACUAAGCUGUGGCAGCUGUUCUGUAAAGGACCUGAGCUCAACGCCACCUGCAACGACUACUUUGACAACAACAACUUGACCUUGAUGCAGGGCAUCCCUGGACUGAAGAGCAGAGUCAUCUCAGACAAUAUGUGGUCAGAGUAUGGCCCAAUAGGUAUGAAGGUGGAAUCUAAUAAGCUGGACUCUGAUCCAGUAGGUGACACUUCCCAGGACAUCUACAUGCCCUAUGUAGUCAAUGACAUCGCCACCUUCUUCACACUGCUGGUCGGCAUCUACUUCCCAUCAGUCACUGGUAUUAUGGCUGGUUCAAACCGCUCAGGGGACUUGCGGGAUGCCCAGAAGUCCAUCCCCAUCGGAACCAUUCUGGCUAUUGCUACGACCUCCUUCAUCUACGUCACCUGUGUGGUGCUUUUUGGUGCUUGCAUUGAGGGAGUUCUUCUUCGAGACAAAUUUGGUGACUCUGUGAAAGGGAACCUUGUUAUAGGCACUCUGUCAUGGCCCUCACCAUGGGUUAUUGUAAUUGGCUUUUUCUCCUGCUGCGGGGCCGGGCUGCAGAGUUUGACUGGCGCCCCUCGACUGCUGCAGGCCAUUGCACGAGAUGGCAUUGUCCCUUUCUUACAGGUGUUUGGUCAUGGGAAAGCUAACGGAGAACCCACCUGGGCUCUGCUGCUCACUGCUGGGAUCUGCGAGAUCGGCAUCCUCAUCGCCUCCCUGGACGCUGUGGCGCCUAUUCUCUCCAUGUUUUUCCUCAUGUGCUACUUGUUUGUCAACCUGGCCUGUGCUCUUCAGACCCUGCUGCGGACGCCUAACUGGAGACCACGCUUUAAAUACUAUCACUGGGCUCUCUCCUUUCUGGGAAUGAGUUUAUGUCUUUCUCUCAUGUUCAUUUGCUCCUGGUAUUAUGCGAUUGUGGCCAUGGUCAUUGCAAGCUGCAUCUACAAGUACAUUGAAUACAGAGGGGCAGAGAAGGAGUGGGGAGAUGGCAUCCGUGGCCUGUCCCUCAAUGCAGCACGCUUUGCCCUUAUACGUCUCGAGGAGGCUCCACCGCACACAAAGAACUGGAGGCCUCAGGUGUUGGUGCUCCUGAACGUGGACUCGGAUCAGGGAGUCAAACACCCUCGUCUGCUGUCGUUGACCACUCAGCUGAAGGCAGGGAAAGGCCUGACAAUCGUGGGAAAUGUUUUAGAAGGAACUUACCUCACCAAAGAUGCCGAGGCCAAGAAAGCUGAGCAGAACAUCAAGUCUGCUAUGUCAGCAGAGAGAACAAAAGGUUUCUGCCAUGUUGUGGUAUCUUCAAACCUCCGAGACGGCUUCUCACACCUCAUCCAGUCUGCAGGGCUGGGAGGCAUGAAACACAACACAGUCCUCAUGGCCUGGCCCGGGACCUGGAGGCAGUCCAAUGACCCGCAGUCAUGGAAGAACUUUAUAGAGACGGUGCGGGAGACCACAGCUGCCCAUCAUGCCUUGCUCGUGGCGAAGAAUGUGGACAGUUUCCCCACCAACCAGGACCGCUUGGGCGAGGGCACCAUCGACGUGUGGUGGGUGGUUCACGAUGGAGGCAUGUUGAUGCUGCUGCCCUUCUUGCUGCGACAGCACAAGGUGUGGAGGAAGUGUAAGAUGCGUAUCUUCACUGUGGCUCAGAUGGAUGACAACAGCAUCCAGAUGAAGAAAGAUCUCCAGAUGUUCCUUUACCACCUGCGACUGGAUGCAGAAGUGGAAGUAGUGGAGAUGCAUGAUAAUGACAUCUCAGCCUUCACCUAUGAGAAGACGCUGGUAAUGGAGCAGAGGUCUCAGAUGCUAAAACAGAUGCAACUUUCCAGAACUGAAAGAGAGAGAGAGAUUCAGAGUAUCACUGACGAAUCACGUAGCUCGAUCCGGAGGAAGAACCAGGACGCUACCCAGAGCACCGACCUCAGCCGGCAGUCCUCACAGAUGGAGGACACUCAGGAGGACGAGGCUCAGCUCAUCCAUGACAGAAACACUGCAUCUCACGCUGCCAUAAACGACAAGGCCGACACUGGGCCUGAGCGGGUUCACAUGACCUGGACCAAGGACAAGCUCUUCACAGAGCGUAACCGUAACCGUGAGAUGAACGCCAAUGUGGCUGUGCGCGACCUGUUUAACAUGAAGCCAGAGUGGGAGAGUCUGAACCAGUCAAAUGUCCGUCGGAUGCACACAGCCGUCAAGAUGAACGAGAUGGUGGUGAACAAGUCGCAGGGCGCUCACCUGGUUCUGCUCAACAUGCCGGGACCGCCCAAGAACAGAGGAGGAGACGAGAACUACAUGGAGUUCCUUGAGGUUCUCCUCGAGGGUCUGAACCGGGUCCUUCUGGUGCGAGGCGGCGGACGGGAAGUCAUCACCAUCUACUCUUAAACAUAAAAUACUCUCGUGCCCAACCCUGCACUCAUUGGCUGUUGCCAUGGAUACUGGUCACCGGGCAUUUUUUUUCUGGAAAGAAGCCUGAUUUUAGGUUUUUUUUUAAUGAAGAGCAGAGAUUGUUGGAAGGCGGGACCACUUGUGACUGACAGAUGGUUUGAAGGACCUCAGGAUGAAGGAAACAGUUAGCUUUAAAUGAGUUGACUGGCUGAGAGUACGAGUGCAGUGUGUGUCCACGAUGGGCCACCCUUACCCUGCACAUGGAAGAUAGAGCAUAGAGACACUUUAUAUUGUUCAAAUGUUCCGUUCUGUUACAUUUCAUUUUCUUUCCCUCUUGUGUCGAUGUUGUCAAGUUACUGACGCUCACUGUGUAAUGAUAAGAAAAGCGUGCUGUUGAUUUGAACCUCGUAGUCAUUUCAUGUUAUCUGAUGAUGUACUCGACUCUGGACCUGGAAAAAAAAAAAACAAGCACAGGGAGGACAAGUUACUCUGACAGCACAUGCAGAAGUUUUACAUGUAGUUUGGGGAUCUCUGUUGUCUGGAUCACCAUUUGUACUUAAUGCUUUAAACAUAACUUUUAAGAUACUGGUUUCUGUUUGAACUCCAGGUCAGGUGAUCCGUGUGAUCAGGCGCGACUGAAACAUCCUGGUGAGGCUGUAAAGUUAGUGUUAGAUGAACGGUCCUCACAUAGCAGCAUUUUUGUAGUUUUAACAUUCUGUGGUCGUUCGCCUUGUCAAUCAUUUAGUGAAGGACGAAGGUAAAGAUGCGCCUGUUAUUGGAUAACCUUCCUGUGUGUUGGUGGGAACAUUUCAUUUAUCGGGUACUGAAACUUUUACCGUUGGUCUACAUUUCCCAUGUCAGAGAACUCUCAUGUUUUCAUAGGAAAAAUAGCCAUAGUUAAUAUUCAAGAACUCUUCAUAAGCUUUACGGAAAAACACAUGAAAUGCACAUGUAUACAUAUUUAAGGUGUGAAAAGUAGUGCUCGGUUGGGAAUAGAUUUUUUUAUCCAUGCACUGUUUGACAGCACGAGGUAGAUUCAUGAAGUAGUACAUUGGAUAAUUGGCACAUUAAAUCUCGGCCUACAGAAUUGUUGGCAUCUAACAAAGAAGACUUUGUAAAGAACAAAUGGACUCAUGUUAGUGUAACUCUUCCCAUAUGGACGUAGCUCCAGCACUGUUGACUUUGCACUACCCAUCUCUCAGCACUUAAGUCAUUGUAUACUGGUUUACAGUGACACUUUGUACUGGUCAAUCCACCACUACAUUCUACUGUACUAAUGGAGUGACAUUCUGAUAAACCAGCUCGUGAUAAAGGGUGCAGACAGCAAGUACAUUCACACUAUUCAAUACUCAUGUUUCAGUGUUUCUUUUAUCAUGUUUUAGCAGACAGUCUCUUUAGGCUUUGAGUCCCAGACUGAGUCAUCGUAACGAGCUUGUGUAGGAGAAGAAAAAGUGCCAAAAUUUAAAGAAACUGUGGAAGUACUGUUAAUGCAUCUUAAAGCGGGGGUCACACAGUCGCUUCUGCUUUUUACGAUGGCAAUCUUCAGUCUUUUUAAAUUCUAAAAAAAAAAAAAAAAAAGAAGGAGUGCAAUAAAUUGUUUGAAAUGAUGGAGCUCCUCGGCCUGGUCAGAAUCAAUCUCAAAGCUAGAUUUGAUACAUAAAUAAAAACAUUGCAAUUUCUAGGGCAUUUCAAUCCACCUAACUCGGCUAAAUUCGGCAAACAAACAAAAAUGUUUUCAUGUGUACCUCCACAGUUUCUUUUCACAUUAGCUGAGCAGUAUUUUGUAAAGCAGUAAAAUCCUACUUUCUUGCACUUCUUUGCAGAGGAAUGAGACAUUUCACAUUGUCAGUUAUGCAACACCUGUGUUUUAUUGUGUUGUGUUUGGUUCAGUUGUUGAUGUAUGCCUAUGUUACUACCUAGUUCUGGUCCGUGUAGUGUUUGUUACAUUAUAAUUGAUCUUCUUUUACUUUAAGUGUUCAUUUGUAAGUGUGAUUUGUAUGGACCGAGGCAGAGAGAGGCGGUAUGUGUGAGAAGCGGCAGCAUCUGUCAAGUAGUUGUGUUUUUGUUCCAACUCAUCAGAAACACAUCAUAUGCAACACACAGGACUGAAAAAAAACCCUCAGGAGACUGUGUCACCCUGGACUGAGAGUAUGAAGACCUGAAUGAUGCAACCAGGGGACAAAAAAAAAUGUUUCAAUGAUUCUGUGGAUUUAUGAAGUUCAAACUAUUUCAGUUGUUCAGUUUUAUAUUUUAGCCACCAAAGAAAAGACAUAAUUCGGUAUGAAUAAAUAAUAAAUUGCUUAGUUUUACAAAGUUUGAAACAUUUAUCAUUGUAAAGAUAAAAUAUUAAAUACUUUUUUUGACGCUUUUAAUUUGGUCACUAAGCUAAAUAGAAGUAAAGCAAACAUUGCAUACUCAAACGCUAUACUCAUACAUGAAAAUGUUUCUAGAGGUAAAGUUGGACCGUCAGCAGUGUGUGUUUAACAUCUCUAGUGUUUGAGUGACUGGAGAAAGUUAUCUACCUCAAGGAGUCACUGAGGCUCGGCUGAAGAAAUAAAAGCUCGUUCAAUCACAUUUCUCAUUAUUAAACUGAUAUUCAAUGUGGAGUCAUGGGAGAGAGAGGACCAGCAGAACUGUGUGCAUGUGUGUGUGUCUUUGUGCAUACUGUUUCGAGGCUGAAGCUUUGUUGUGUGAAGUGUUUCUGCUGCUGUCUGGCUCAGCUGGCGGGCCUCACGGGCUGGAAACAGGAAGUCACUUGCGGGCGUACAUGUAGAGGACGGUAGCCCUGUAAAUUGUAUUUGUGCCUCUCUGAGUAAUUACGGUAUUAAAAUUGCUGAAAUAAA